UGGACCAUUACUGUCUUAAGGAAUACGCUUCUGUAAGUAGUAUCUUACUAGCUUAGCUUCCACAUUAUGUGAAGAAGAUGAAGAGUCUCCAAGCCAUGCAAGAACAGCUAAUAAAGCUGAAUGUUUACAAUGAGCGGGAGAUCUUGAGAAUCCAGAAGAUCAAGGAGAAAAAUAAACCGAAGAAAAGAGUAGUUAUUAAAAGAGUUGUACUUAAUCCAGAUUUUCGAAUGGAAGUCGAAGAGGUCAAGUCUGUAAAGAAGAAAUAAAUCAGCGAAACCUCCCUUAUGUGUGAGCCAUGGUAGUCCUCAGAAAAUCCUACAGAGAUGUAGUGAUUUUGUAGAGAGAGGGAAAGACGAGUCGUUUAUGAACUUGUCUCUGGCAAAUUAUUUACCCCAAAAGCACAAUGGCAAAUAAGUCUCCUGACUCGUUAUUCUCUCCAAGUAUUUCUGAGUCACAAACUUUGGAGUCAAUAGAUCAUUCUCCAGGUAGCAAGCAACGGAGUUUUCUCCAAAUGAUUUACAACCGUGUUACCAAGAAAAAGUUUUUGGAGAAGCAGAAAUUAAAAUUUAUGAAGAGUCGUGGUAGGACCAAGCAUCCUUCUGACUAUGAAGAAUAUGAGCUUAACACUCAGAGGAUCGAUAACCUGGAGGAAAUCCUUAGAAACAUCAGGGAGAAAAGUGUUCACAAAAUCCAUAUUAAGAAUAUCAAGGAGUCAUUCCAAUCCGGUCCUGAAAUUAUGGCAUAUGCUGACAAGUUAAAGGAGUACCAGACGAAGUUCUUGUCUCAUCUUCUAAAGAAGAGGAAGACCCAGGAAAGUGAGCUAGUGGAUAUAAAUAAUAGCUUACUCAAGAGAAUAAUGAAUACAAAGCUUGAGAAGAAUAAAAGUUUGUUUUGUAAGCGAGAGGACUAUUACAGAAUGAAGCUAUCAAAAUCAGUCAGAUUUUCAAGCUCUCCUCUCCGUGCAGGAUCCAAAAUGUCAAAUAACAACUAUGGAUCGACUGAAUCCUACUUCCAUGGUCGGAGAUCUGUUGCGAGAAGAUUCUGACCCCCAAUCUCUUCACCUGAUCUUUCAUUGGGAAACAGGAACAGAAUGAGAUUCACUGCAAGGAUAGAGAUGGAGCCUACUGCCUCAUUUAGCUAGGUUUCACCAGUAAAUAUAAGCAUGUUGAAUUUUAUUUAAUCCUAU